GAUAUUGUUUUUAAAAUUUCAUACAGCUCAGUAGUAAAAUUGGAUGUAUAUAUUCAUUGGUUGGAACAAUAGAUAACUUGGCCCACUCAUGCAGUUGGGGAAUGUAGAAGGCUGUUACUAUUCCAUCGUUACUUGUUGACUCGUCUGCAGUGCAGCAGUGGCAUAUCAGAAAAAAGGCUUUUAAGACUACAGAAAACUUAAUACAGACAGAUGUAAUCUGUAUAGGUUAUGUUUACUGUUUGCAUCUUUGGCCAGAAGUAGACCUGUAAACUAAUAAUAAUAAUAUUGCAAUGGGAAAAACUACUCGAGUUAUUGUUUGUGGUAUGAAAAGUGUUGGAAAAACUGCAAUAUUGGAACAAGCAAUUUAUGGAAACUACAAUAAAGAUUCUUUUCUCCAAGCAACCAUAGAAGAUAUAUACGUAGCAUGUGUAGAGACAGAGCGAGGGACGCGUGAGAAAGUGAGAUUCUAUGACACCGCAGGGUUGGAAAGUGUGACACAGGCACGACAGGUCAGUCAAGCAUGGCAGGCUGAUGGAUAUGUGUUGGUGUAUGACACAUCACGACCUGAGUCCUUCGACUUGCUAGUUCAGCUCAAGAAGGAGAUCGACAAAAACAAAGAGAAGAAGGAGGUAGUUUUCAUCAUUCUUGGACACAACAUAAAAACCGUUGAGUGUCCGGUUCCACUGGAGAGUCCAGCUAGCAAAGCUUCUCACUGGUCGAUCAGAGAGAAGAUUCGGCACUUUGAGGUGAAUGCCCUGGACAGGACGACGUUAUUUGAACCGUUCGUCCACCUGAGCUCCAAGCUGAACCAGCCGCCCAACAAGAGUGGGUUUCACCAGCUGAGUAUGGUGCGCAAGUCAGUUAAACUGGACAGCUGAGGGCAGGCCAAGUUCUACAUCUCCAGCUGUGAUGAGCAAGACUAGCCACUGCCAAACAAGGAACUGGAAUCUCACUUUUGUAAGCAAACUGUAUAGAGUGCAGAUUCUCUGUAAAAAUCUGUUGUUUUUAGGUUAUUUCUUGAUUGUAACAUUUACACUGUAUUUUAAAUGUUCAAAUGUAAACAAAAUAUUACUAAAGGUAAGAUAUUUUUAUGCCAGUAUAAAAAUGUAUUGAUUUUUAGAAAAUAAAAAUCCAAUAACUAUUACCUAGAUGACAAA